AUGCCACCCGGCAUUUUCUUGGGGGUGGGGGGUUGCAGGCAUUUCCAGAGCCCAAUUCCCCUCGGCGGGUUUUCGCCCGUUGGGUUCCAGGGACCCCGGUCGUCAGGCCACAGCUACCAGCUGGGCGUCACGGAGUUCGCGGACCAGGCGCCCGAGGAGUUCGCCUCCGGGCGCUUCGGCCUGGCCAAGUCUACGAGGCCCUGGGCGGACCUGCCCUACCUGGGCCGGGACGAGUUCAGCGGCAAGGCGGCGCCAGAUUCCAUCGACUGGACCAGCAAGGGCGCUGUGAGCGAGGACAUGGACGCGCUGAUGGAGGCCGUUUCCCAGCAGCCAGUGUCCGUGGCCAUCGAGGCGGACCAGACGGCCUUCCAGCUCUACAAGGGCGGCAUCCUGACCCAGGAGUGCGGCAAGAAGCUUGAUCACGGCGUGCUGCUGGUGGGUUAUGGCACAGAGAAUGGCGUUGACUACUGGAAGGUGAAGAACAGCUGGGGCGCCAAUUGGGGCGAGAACGGGUACAUCCGCAUGAAGCGGGGGGUGCCCAAGGACGGCGAGUGCGGCAUCAAGGAUCAGCCCUCCUACCCCGUGGUGAAGGCCAAGGCAGCCUUGGCCCCGCAUGGCAGCCAUGACUUUUAG